AUGGAUGAAGUCCAACGGGACCACCAGUACCGACUUUUCCUCCGUCUAUUCAUGUCAGAAGACAUUUUGGAUGUCAAAGCUACCAAUGACUCCUCUAUUACCAACGUUGACGAAGUAGUGAGCAAAAGCCCUAAGUUAAAACGAUUUGUUGGUUAUAAAGAUGCGAUUACCAAACCCGUCUUCAUCGACAAGAGCGAACAAGGCUUUGUUUUCCGGUUCAAACACAAUGAACGAGAACUUUGCCUGAAGUUGUUCUAUGAUUACGAGGACCCGCGGCCAUAUCACGAAAAGACCAUCGCUUUCAUCAGCCCUAUUGGAUUGGAAUCACGUGCAUUUUCUCGUCUCUGCGACCUGCAUGAAAAUGGCCACUGGGCGGUGCAGUGUCAUGGAUGGAUGUGUCUAACUGACUCCCAGGUUCAGCAGCUUCGGGGGGCAAGUGGACGGGUGAGAAAUGACUGGCGUUGGCAUAAGGCCCGCUGGGGUAUCGUGAAGGACUUCAUCGCCGAUGAGCCGCCGAGCUGUCAAGACGAAAGAUUCCGGCUAAUCAUUUCGAAUUUCUCGGUUCCAAAACGCGGCCAAAUCCUGCCUCGCGAUGUCAAGAAGGAAAAUUACAGAGGGUACCUGAUUGUAGAUCUAGGAUCUACUGUUACCUUCCCCUUCUAUCGUUACUUCGCGAGACAGACUGAGCUCGAUGAGUUCUUUGAGGACUUGGACCGAGAAUUACAUACAUGGGACCAGUAG